CGCUAUCACAGAAACCAGACAACAAAGGAGACAGCGAAAGCAGAACUGACCAAAUAUAUCUGUUAAAACUUAGCAACAACCAAAGUUUGUCUUCUUGUUUCUAAUCACAGAAUAUAUCUCAUCACUUUCUUCUUCUAUUCCUUUUGAGAUGUAAAAGCUAAAAUAGUUAAACCGCCGGAUGCAGAAGAUUUGUGAUAGCUAGAAAUUAUAAAGAGUUGUUUGGUGAUGGGUGAUAUAAAGGAAGAGGAGCAGCAUGGCAUCAAGGAUACUGAAGAAGAAGUAGCAGAAAUGGAUAAAGAAGAAAAACCUCUUGAGAAGACGAAGCGUUUGGCCUCUCUGGAUAUCUUCCGAGGCCUUACUGUUGCGUUGAUGGUGUUAGUUGAUGAUGCCGGAGGAGAGUGGCCAGUAAUAGGGCAUGCGCCAUGGAAUGGCUGCAAUCUUGCUGAUUUUGUGAUGCCUUUCUUUCUGUUUAUUGUGGGAAUGGCCGUUGCACUCUCUCUCAAGAGAAUACCAAAAAAAAUUAUGGCUAUCAAGAAAGUGAUCUUAAGAACACUCAAGCUUGUUUUUUGGGGACUUCUAUUACAAGGAGGAUAUUCACAUGCACCAGACAAGUUAACAUAUGGUGUGGACUUGAAAAAGAUUAGAUGGUGUGGCAUUCUCCAGAGGAUUGCUCUUGCUUAUUUCAUGGCGGCGAUGAUAGAGAUCUCGAUGCAAAAAAGGCAAGCUAGGGUUCUAUCGCAGGGACCAUUCUCCAUAUUUAAGCUAUACUACCGACAUUGGGCCAUUGGAGGUUGCAUUUUAGUAGUUUACAUGGCCACAUUGUAUGGAACAUAUGUUCCUGACUGGCAAUUCGUUGUGAAAAAUACAAACAGUCCUGACUUUGGAAAGGUCUUAACUGUAUCUUGCAAUGUAAGAGGGAAACUGGAUCCUCCUUGUAAUGCAGUGGGUUAUAUUGACAGACAAGUUCUAGGAAUCAAUCAUAUGUACCCUCAUCCAGCUUGGAAGAGAUCUAAGGCCUGCACGAAGAACUCUCCGCAUGAGGGACCGUUCAGAAAUGAUGCUCCGUCUUGGUGUUGGGCUCCUUUUGAUCCAGAAGGAAUACUGAGCUCAAUUUCUGCCAUCCUCUCCGCUAUUAUUGGAGUUCAUUUUGGACAUGUUCUUAUCCACUUGAAGGAUCACUCUUCUCGACUUGUGCAUUGGAUUGUCACGGGACUUGUACUUCUGAUUUUAGGAAUCAUCCUUCACUUUAUAGAUGCAAUUCCUCUAAAUAAGCAAUUGUACACUUUCAGCUAUGUGUGUGUGACAUCAGGUGCAGCUGCAUUAGUAUUUUCAGUACUGUACAUUUUGGUUGACGUUAACAACCUCAGAUCUCUGUUUCUGCCACUGGAGUGGAUUGGGAAGAACGCGAUGCUCGUUUACGUUAUGGCAGCUGAAGGGAUUCUUGCGGGUUUCAUCAACGGUUGGUACUACGAUGAUCCUCACAACACUCUGGUAUAUUGGAUCAAAAAACAUGUCUUUGUAGGAGUUUGGCAUUCAAGAAGAGUGGGAAUUCUGAUGUAUGUAAUAUUUGGUGAGAUAUUGUUCUGGGCUGUCAUUGCUGGGGUGUUUCAUUGGCUAGGCAUUUACUGGACACUUUAGGUAUCAAGAAAUCCUAUAUCAAAUGCUUAGAGUGCUGCUGCCUAAUCAAGGCCCUACCUUUUUGCAUGGUUUCCAAUCUCUCUCUCUAUGUGUGUGUGUGUAUUGUAACUAGUAUUCUACCCGUGCGAUGCACGGGACAAUAAUAAAGUUUCCAAAAUUAAGAAGAAAUUUGUUAAUGUAAACUUUUGUGAUAUAAGCAUUCAUUUUGUCAAAUAUAUUGUGUGGAUGAAAUGUUUUACGUUUUCUACGUCCUUAAGCUUCUUAGGGACUGAAAGGUUUAAAAACACCAAAUAAUGUCUGCAUGAGAAUAUUCUUACGCAUUCUGUGGCCUUAAAUCCUAG